CUUCAUCCUCGUAUAUUAUUGCUCCCUAAGCUCUACUGUCAGUGGUCGAGUGGGAUCCCUCCUGAGAACCUGACUUCAUCUCGCAUCUGAUUCUUUCUUCGCUCGUGUCCUUUUCAAUCUCUCUCCCGUCGCGGUCUUUGGCACAAGUGAAACCUUCAACACGACCUUCACUCCAUCAAAACCAUCAUACAGACCCAAGAACGAGCAUGGCCAAACUCACCGUCCCACGCCGCUUCACCCGUCCCCGGACGAUGCCCAAAAACCUCUACGUAACGACAGUCACAACUCUCACCCUCGGCAUCAUCCUCUUCAUCUUCUCCCUCCUCGACCUCGCCACCGCCGGCUUCUUCCUCAACGUCACAGGCGCAGGACUCACCAUCCUCCACGACGCCACCCUCCUACACCUCGCUCGUCGUUCCACUCGUCAUCACCCUUACCCCUCCACCGCCACCACCCCAUCCAAUCCUGGAGCCGACAACGACGACGACGAGCUGGAGGUAGACUACUUCCGCCCGUCCGCCUCAUUCGCGAACCUCGCCGUCCUCGGAUCGUGUAUCGUGGUGUUGUUAGCCGGAUUCGCGAUGACGGUGUUCACGAUGGUUGGGAUCGCGGACGAUGGGGUUGCGUGGGGAUCACCGGCGAGUAUGGGCACGGUGGUCGUGCAGGCGGUUUUGGAUCUCGUUAUUGCGGGGUUGUUGGGCGCGGUGCAGAUGGAGAGCUUUAGGAUGUGGAGGAGGGGGGCGCAUGGAGGGGGAUAUGGACAGUUGGCGCUUUGAGGGGUGGGUGGAGGUGGGAAGGUCCUGGUUGAGUGGAGGCAGGAGUGCAGUUUUGUGCGAGGGACGCGUGUAAGAGACUAGUGCUUGAGCCUAAGUAGUGUAGGAUAGUCGAUCCGUAACAGCGCUCAGAAUGAUCACGUAUCAGGUUUGGGAACUUAUUCCUUUUGUCUACAUUGUCUUCUCGAUCUUCCUAUCUCAGAUCUGCUUCGAACACCGAAUAUCAUCGUGGACGGCUUCUGAAC